UUGGAAUAACGUAUAUAAUGUCUUUGAUACAUCUUCCAAGAGUGACGAAACAUUGGAAUUAUGAAAUCGGAACACCUUUCAUAAAGGAAACGAUGCCAGCAAACAAAUUUGAAAAAAUCAGGCAAUUUAUACACUUCAAUGACAAUUCCAAAAUGCCUCCUCGCGAGGAUCCCAACGCGGAUAGGCUGUUUAAGAUUCGACCAAUACUGACAAAAUUGAACGAAACAUGUAUGCAAAUUACGCUAAAGAGUCAGCUUUGUGUAGAUGAGCAAAUUUGCUCAACGAAAGCAAGGAAUAACUUGAAAAGGUAUAAUCCCAAAAAGCCAAAAAAAUGGGGAUAUAAAAUAUUUGUACUUUGCGACACUAGCGGUUUCGCGUACAGUUUUGAAGUAGAAUCUGGAGCUGAAAAUAUUAUAGAGCCUGGAGAGCCAGAUUUGGGUGCAGGAAUCAAAAUUAUAGGCUUUAUUUUGACAACUAUUUUACGUCGUUGCCACUGAUAGAAUAUUUGGCCAAGGAAGGGAUCCUCAGCUUAGGAACAAUACGUCGAAAUAGAAUACCUGACUGUAAAUUGCCGACAGAUAAGGAUAUUU